AUGAUGGCCGUGCCGCAUCAGCCAAUCGUCGUGGACCGCGAGAAGACAUGUCCGCUGCUGCUACGAGUAUUUCACAAGCACGGGGGGCAUCACGAUUUGGAAGCAUUCGCAACGAGAGGGCAGGAGCCCAAGGAGGAGGUGCAGAUGUACACGUGGAAGGACGCCACCCUGAGAGAACUGACAGAUCUGUUGAAGGAGGUGGUGCCGGAGGCCCGUCGUAGGGAAGCGCGGCUAUCUUUUGCAUUCGUGUACCCAAAUAGACAGGGGAGGAACGUGAUGAAACAGGCCGGUAUCACCAACUCAAUUACUCGCAGACCAACACCCGAUGACAACAGGACGUUGCACGAGCUGGGGUUUCAGCUGUUCCCUACAUGCAACAAACGGUACUUAGAUGGGGAUUUACUCAACAUUGCAAUCUCCCUCCUGAAACAAAGCAUGUCCCUUUCUUUCCCUCCCCCUCCUUUCGCUCCCUUCCUUUCCUCCCCCUCUCCCAUUUCCCGCUCGGUCCCUCCUCCCGUCCCCAUGCCCCCACCAAACAGACUGGUGACUUCCUAG